AUGACUCAUUCCAUCCAGACUCGGACUAUUCGCUCAGUUUGUUUAUCUAUCUAUCUAUCUAUCUAUCUAUCUAUCUAUAUCAGUAUGUUCAUUAUCUAUCUAUCUAUCUACCUAUCAUGUUCAUAUCUGUCUCUCUUUUCUCAGCAUGUUCAUCUAUCUAUCCUAUGUAUCCUAUCUAUCCAUUAUCUAUAUCAUCUAUAUCUUCAUUAUCUAUCAAAUAUCUAUCUAUUUAUCCCUAUCUAUCUUUAUCAGUAUCAUAUCUAUCUAUCUAUCUAUCUAUAUCAGUAUGUUCAUUAUCUAUCUAUCUAUCUAUCUAUCUCUAUCUAUCUAUCUAUCUAUCUCAGUAUGUUCAUAUCUAUCUAUCUAUUUAUCUAUCUAUCUAUCUCAGUAUGUUCAAAUCUAUCUAUCUAUUUAUCUACCUAUCUAUCUUUAUCAGUAUGUUCAUCUAUCUAUCUAUCUAUCUACCUAUCUAUCUAUAUCAGUAUGUUCAUAUCUAUCUAUCUAUCUAUCUAUCUUUAUCAGUAUGUUCAUCUAUCUAUCUAUCUAUCUAUCUAUAUCAGUAUGUACAUAUCUAUCUAUAUCAGUAUGUUCAUCUAUCUAUCUAUCUAUCUAUCUCAUAUCUAUCUAUCUAUCUAUCUAUCUAUAUCAGUAUGUCUAUCUAUUUAUCUAUCUAUCUAUCUAUCUAUCUAUCUAUCUCAGUAUGUUCAUAUCUAUCUAUCUAUAUCAGUAUGUUCAUAUAUCUAUCUAUCUAUCUAUCUCAUUAUGUUCAUAUCUAUCUAUCUUAUUAUGUUCAUAUCUGUCUAUCUCAUUAUGUUCAUAUCUAUCUAUAGCAUGUUCAUAUCUAUCUAUAGCAUGUUUACUCCAAAUGUCAAGUCAUAUGAUCCAUUGGGAGAGAGGGUGCGAAAAAUGGUCAUCUAUUGUUCUAUCCUUCUACCGUCUAUAUCUAUCUAUCUAUCUAUCUAUCUAUCUAUCUAUCUAUCUAUCAGUAUCUUUUGUUUAUAUCUAUCUAUCUAUCUAUCUAUCUAUCUCAGUUUGUUUAUAUCUAUCUAUUUGUUCAUAUCUAUCUAUCUAUCUAUCUAUCUAUCUAUCUCAUUUGUUUAUAUCUAUCUAACUUUGUUCUCUAUCUAUUUAUCUAUCUAUCUAUCUAUCUAUCUAUCUAUCUAUCUAUCUAUCUAUCUCAGUUUGUUUAUGUUCAUAUCUAUCUAUCUAUCUAUCUCAGUUUGUUUAUAUCUAUCUAAUAUUGUUCAUAUCUAUCUAUCUAUCUAUCUCAUUUGUUUAUAUCUAUCUAUCUAUCUAUCUAUUCAGUUUGUUUAUAUCUAUCUAAUAUUGUUCAUUUCUAUCUAUCUAUCUAUCUAUCUAUCUAUCUCAUUUGUUUAUAUCUAUCUAAUAUUGUUCAUUUCCUAUCUGUCUAUCUAUCUAUCUAUCUCAUUUUCUAUCUAUCUAUCUAUCUCCAGUUUGUUUAUAUCUAUCUUUUGUUCAUAUCUAUCUAACUUUGUCAUAUCUAUCUAUCUAUCUAUCUCAGUUUGUUUAUAUCUAAAACUAUCUAUCUAUCUAUCUAUCUCAGUUUGUUUAUAUCUAUCUAAUAUUGAUAUCCCCCUAUCUAUCUCAGUUUGUUUAUAUCUGUCUAAUAUUGUUCAUAUCUAUCUAUCUAUCUCAGUUUGUUUAUAUCUAUCUAAUAUUGUUCAUUUCUAUCUUCUAUCUAUCUAUCUAUCUCAGUUUGUUUAUAUCUAUCUAAUAUUGUUCUUAAUCUCAUUUGUUUAUAUCUAUCGACAAUCUAAUCUAUCUAAAUCUAUCUCAGUUUAUAUCUAUCUAACAAAUCUAAUCUAUCUAUCUCAGUUUGUUUAUAUCUAUCUAACAUUGUUCAUAUCUAUCUAUCUAUCUAUCUAUCUAUCUAUCUAUCUAUCUAUCUCAGAACAACUUGAUUCCUUCUACCGUGCAUAUCUAUCUAUCUAUCUAUCUAUCUAUCUAUCUCAUUUCUAUCUAUCUAUCUCAGUUUGUUUAUAUCUAUCUAUCUCAGUUUGUUUAUAUCUAUCUAACUUUGUUCAUAUCUAUCUAUCUAUCUAUCUAUCUAUCUAUCUAUCUAUCUCUCAGUUUGUUUAUAUCUAUCUAAUAUUGUUCAUAUCUAUCUAUCUAUCUAUCUAUCUAUCUCAGUUUGUUUAUAUCUAUCUAAUAUUGUUCAUAUCUAUCUAUCUAUCUCAGUUUGUUUAUAUCUAUCUAAUAUUGUUCAUUUCUAUCUAUCUAUCUAUCUAUCUAUCUAUCUAUCUAUCUCAGUUUUUUGUUUAUAUCUAUCUAAUAUUGUUCAUUUCUUUCUAUCUAUCUCAGUUUGUUUAUAUCUAUCUAUCUAUCUAUCUAUCUCUCCAGUUUGUUUAUAUCUAUCUAACAUUGUUCAUAUCUAUCUAUCUAUCUAUCUCAGUUUGUUUAUAUCUAUCUAAUAUUGUUCAUUUCUAUCUAUCUAUCUAUCUAUCUAUCUCAGUUUGUUUAUAUCUAUCUAAUAUUGUUCAUAUCUAUCUAUCUCAGUUUGUUUAUAUCUAUCUAAUAUUGUUCAUUUCUUUCUAUCUAUCUAUCUAUCUAUCUAUCUCAUUUGUUUAUAUCUAUCUAACAUUGUUCAUAUCUAUCUAUCUAUCUAUCUCAGUUUGUUUAUAUCUAUCUAACAUUGUUCAUAUCUAUCUAUCUAUCUCUAUCUCAGUUUGUUUAUAUCUAUCUAACAUUGUUCAUAUCUAUCUAUCUAUCUAUCUAUCUAUCUAUCUAUUCAACCUAAAUAAAGCUGAUGCUGGUGAACAGAAAUACAUAACCGCUACCUUUCCGACACCCGGGCGAAAAUGUUCAGCGCCUACCCUUUCCGACAAUGUUCAGCUCCUACUCUUUCCGACACCCGGUCGACAAUGUUCAGCUCCUAACCUUUCCGACACCCGGUCGACAAUGUUCAGCUUACACCCUUUCCGACACCCGAUCGACAAUGUCCAGCGCCUACCCUUUCCGACACCCGGUCGACAAUGUUCAGCUCCUAUACUUUUGACACCCGGUCGACAAAUGUAUUAUUCCGACAAUGUUCUCCUACUCUUUUCCGACACCCGCACCUACUCUUGCCGACACCCGAUCGACAAUGUUCAGCGCCUACCCUUUCCGACACCCGAUCGACAAUGUUCAGCUCAUACCCUUUCCGACACCCGGUCGACAAUGUUCAGCUGCUAUACUUUCCGACACCCGGUCGACAAUGUUCAGCUCCUACUCUUUCCGAUACCCGGCCGACAAUGUUGA